CCUUCAAACUUUCGAGGAAGACGAGGCCGUGGGAAGCAUCGGCGGGGGGGGGGGACCUUCUUCAUGCGCACGAGCAUGAAGAAUUGUCCUCCUCUUCGGGAUGCUCCGUCGGCGAAUUGUUUGAUUGCCUCGUCUCUCCCUUCGUCUCGACAUGAGACUCUCUUCGAAUUCGUCACGUGAUUCUGCUCGAGACGACGAGCGUGGGAUCGACCUGUGGAGCGAUUCGCCGUCGCUGCCCACAGACGCACUCGUCUACGCCCUCUGUUGAUCCCGCUUGGGGGUCGAAAUUUUGUUCAUGAAUUGGGUGUGAAGAGGUCAACGAGGGUGCGAGCCUUGUCCGAUUCUGUCGCGAGUUUGCUGCGGCGAUUCUCCUGGGGUCGAGCUUGAUGUGGGAGUUGUGAGAGUUUGUUGGGAGGAUUGUCCUCUGAGGUGGACAAGGUUCAUGACUAGGGGACUACCGGAACGUCCUUCGACGUGACUGUGUCACUCACUAUUCGCGCGACUCGUUUUUCGGGGUGACCUUUGAAUUUGGGAGUGACGUGCGCGUUUCUUGACGGGUUUGAGGUUCCACGGCUUCAGUUCAACUCAAUUCUCUUGUGUGACCUCUUCUAUGUAUGAGCUCCGCCUCGUUCCCCCCUCCCCUCCCCCUUUGUUUUUAUUUAAUUAUGUUUUUUCUCUUCCAUUUGUAGUUCACAGAAUUUUUAUUUUAUUUUUUUCAUUCUUCGCUGCUUAAAUUUGUCAACUUCUUUUCUUCCCAUUCGUUCGUCGUUGCGCUGCGAAGCUUAGACCGAAAUUGUUGAAUGAGAGCGAGAGCAUUUGUUGGUUUCUUCAGUUUCUCUUUUGAAGUCAAUACAAGUCUUGGUUUUGUGUUUUGUGUUUUGUGUUUUUUCUUUUUAAAUUCCUGAGAAAAUCUUAGGUAACUCGUAAGCGCAAUGACUUGAGAGAAUUGCUGGAGCUUGAAGGUUUGUUUUCUUCUCCCUGAGAAUUGUGACCCCUCCUGGAGCUAUCAUCAGAUCACGGAAGGGUCCACAGCUUCGGAAGCUCGCGUUUGUGCGGAAAUGGGAGGGUGUUUGGAUUUUAGUGUAGUAGAGUUUAAGCUGAGUCGGCUUCGCAGACAUUAUAAAGCAUGUGGUCUAAAAUCUGAGAUGAUAGACAUCGACAACGAAACCAGAAUGCAUUGCUGGACUCCGACGCCGCCAAUCGCCGAAGCAGGAGUGUGGUCCGUUCCGACCACAAAGCCUUCUCUCCUUCUCCUUCAAGGAUUUGCGCCGGAAGGCAUGCUCUGCUGGGAGAAUCAGAUUGCAGCUUUCGCGAGGGAUUACAAUGUCUAUGUCCCCGAUCUGCUGUUUCUCGGGAAGUCGGUUACGGAAAGUAAGCAGAGGUCGGAGACGUUUCAAGCAGAAUGCAUCGCGAAGAUGUUGCAGAUGUUAGGAGUGCAGAACGAGGUGCAUGUAGUGGGAACCAGCUACGGCGGUAUGGUCGCCUUCCGGAUGGCGGAGAAGUAUCCCGAAUUUGUGAACAAAUUGGUGCUAUCGAGUUCGGGGAUUUGUAUGGCACCCGAUAACGACAAACCAUUGCUGAAAAAGCACGGAUUUUCUCAUAUCUCACAGAUCUUGAUUCCAUCGGAGGUGGUGGAGGUAAAGGCGGCGAUCGCAGCUGCGACCGUUAAACCUCCGUGGCUGCCUAACUUUGUUUACAGAGACAUUCUCAAGGUUCUGCACGAGGAGCAACGGGUCGAGAGAAAACAACUAUUGGAUGCACUUGUCAUUGGCACGGAGAAAGCGUUUCCUCUUCCUAAGCUGACACAGCCCAAGGUGCUGAUUCUAUGGGGCGAGCACGACCAAAUCUUCAACAAGGAAUUGGCUUACAAACUCCAGGAGCAUCUGGGGAACAGGUCGGAAGUGGUGAUGAUGACCAACUGUGGGCAUGUCCCGCAGCUUGAGAAUUCGCGAGAGUACAACCGCAUCGUGCUGGAUUUCCUGCGGGACCGCCAAGUCACUGCCGCUCCCAGAGCUGGUCAAGUCGCGCAAGCCAAGUCGUCCUCGUCGUCGUGAUCAUCGUCGCCGCCUCACUCAGUCCCUCGCUCGGUCUCGCCCUUACGCCGUGCCACUACUCCGUCAACGCUGCUAGCCCACUUCCGUCGUCGUUCACCUUCGUCUCCCACAUUCGUCGACGCUGCGUUUUCCGUCCAACUCUCCGUCGCGGCGCAAUUUUUUCUUCGUUUGUGGGUAUGCAUGUAUGGUGCACGAUAGUAGCAGGGUUUUUAACUAGGUGGGUUAGCUACGGAGUGGUUUAGGGUUGUACCUGAUACUUCACUUUUAGGGUUUCGGUAGUUGUGGUUACUUUUGGUUAUAUGACUUUCAAGGGUGCAAUAUUAUGUAGGAUUUUGCUCUUGAGUGACUGCUUUUUGGUUGUAGAGGAAAAAUAAAUAGGUUGUUUUCUACUUU